UCCCGCGGAGAAAGGGGUAUUUUUUUGGUCUUGGCCCCUCCCACAGAGAACUGAAGUUGUCGCCGGCCGUUAUCUCCCGCCGCCGUCGCAGCUCCGCCGCCAUCUCCGCUACGCCGACGUCUGCGGUCGGACAGCCAUAGCCAUAACGUAGCCAUAGCUGUGUGACAGGUUCAAUCGAGAGGCAGCCAUGGCGUUCACUUCUUCAGUCGCUAGAGCGCAGAUCGGCUUGGAGGUGAUGACACAGGCAGAGGUUACGACAAAGUGCUAUUUCGAUAUUGAGAUCGGAGGCGAAUCUGCAGGGAGAGUCGUGAUUGGACUGUUUGGUAAAGAUGUGCCCAAGACGGCUGAGAAUUUCCGUGCUUUGUGCACAGGCGAGAAAGGGUUUGGAUAUAAGGGUUCGGAGUUCCACAGAGUGAUCAAGGACUUUAUGAUUCAAGGUGGAGAUUUCACCAGAGGAGAUGGAACAGGCGGAAUGAGCAUCUACGGUGAAAAAUUUGCUGACGAGAGCUUUAAGUUGAAGCAUACUGGCCCAGGUGUGUUGAGCAUGGCCAAUGCGGGACCGAACACGAACGGGAGUCAGUUCUUCAUCUGCACAGUCGUGACGAACUGGUUGGACGGACGGCACGUUGUAUUCGGCCAGGUAUUGGAGGGUAUGGACGUCAUAAGAAACGUUGAGGGCCAACAGACCGACCGAAGGGACCGUCCGAAGAACAAAUGUGUCAUUGCAGACUGCGGGGUCGUCCCACUCGACGCAUAAUAAUGUAUAACUUGCGAAAGGUCCUUUCUUCCCUUUUCUGUUCUUCCUGCUAUUUCGUUUCCUAUUCUCUUUCUCUCCCUCUCUCUCUCUCUCUCUCCAUGCAACAAGUGGCAUGUCAUGAGCAGAGCUUUGGUCACCUCCUUUUAGAAACCAGGUCUGAUAGACCUGGUUUGAUAACCAGGUUCGACGACCAAGUUUGAUAAACCAGGUUUGACAAUGAGAUUUGACAUACCAGGUUUGAUAAACCAGGUUUGAUAACUGGGUUCGAUAAUCAGCUUUGAAAUUAACUGAGAAUGAGCUUUGGUAACACCAAGGUUUGGGAACCACAUGGUUAACCCGUUUGACCAGCUGCCUACAGGUGAUGAGGUCGGAGAGGUAGACUUGAUAACCAGAUUUUUGAGAAACAGGUUUGAUAACCAGAUUUUUUAGAAACAGGUUUGAUAACCAGAUUUGAUGGAGAAAAAUGCUAGUUAAUUACUAAUUAGGUUGUAUAACCAGAUUUGAUAACCAGGUCUAGUUAUCGGAGCUUUGGAAACUGGGGUCGGGUGGGUAGGUAACGCUUUCUAUUUACAGAUAACUUGCCGGUUGUCAGGGAUCGGACAUUUUGGUAUUUUGUGUAUCGCCAGCAAAUGGGCAGUUUAUGUGUGGACGUGUGCGCGCACGCGUGUGUGUGUGUGUGUGUGUGUCUGUGUGUGUGUGUGUGUGUGUGUGUGUGUGUGUGUGUGUGUGUGUGAGAGAGAGAGAGAGAGAGGGUUUCGCCUUUGGAAAUUUUUGAGAACGGACGUCUGUUUUUGUCUGGUUGGAAAAGGGGAAAAAAAACAGAUGUGGACCUGGCAAUUUCCUUUUCUGGAAAUAGUUUGUC